CUUUGGUCCGGUUACCCUCCUUCCGAAUGAUACUACGUGUGAUCAAAAUGAGAAACAUUGUCUUCCUCUUCGUGCUCAUGGUGGGAGCGAGUCAAAGCCAGAAUCUGCUGGACAACCCCAGUUUCGAGGGAGAUUUGCGGGGCACGUGGGAAAACAACGGUUUUCUCAUGGAACGAGUGAGUGGAGACACCGUGGACGGUAAUUUCGCACUCAAAGCUUCUGACCGAGACCGAGAUGUGGAGGGACCCAGCCAAGUGGUGCGCGGUUUAAAGCCCAAUGGUCGCUAUGAACUAAAUCUCUACAUCAAGCUGCUCAACGAUGUUAAAGGCUCACUGUAUCAAAAGAUUAGAGUCAGCAUGCAGUUCCUUUUUGUCGAUUCAGGGAAAAUAGGAACCUACGCCAUCGCCUUCAGAUCCCUCUGUGACUCCUCGAUGGGGUGGAUACACGUCAACGGCAGUAUGAACGCUCCACUCAAAGCUUUUACCACGGUGCGACUUGGUCUACGAGGUCCGGAUGCCGGGGUGAACUUUUUGAUGGACAACGCCUCUCUGUAUGAAAUCCCCGAGAACACCAAAUGGAUCGCUGAUUCCUACUCUAUGAUAGACAAAUACAGGAAGUCUAAUGUCGACAUUAGUUUCACUACACCUUCAGACGUGUCUCCGUCUGCUUUUGACGUUCAGAUUCGGCUGAAAAAACAUCUCUUUCCAUUUGGAGUGAAAGUAAAGGAUACUCAGAUUUCUGCCACAUCCAAUGACGAGUAUACCAAUCUUGUUGUCAACAUGUUCAACUGGGCCACUGUUCAGAGCUACAAGUGGAAGUUUGAUAAAGGUGACAGGUAUAACCCCGACUUCAGCAACGCCUUGACCGCCACCAACAUCCUCGUGGCUAAAGGAUUGAAGGUUCGAGCACACAAUCUCCUAUGGGACGUGCCAGACAACAUACCGGACUGGGUUCUAGCGCUGAGUGGACAGGAACUGAGAGAUGAGUUGGACAAACACGUGCAGUACAUGUGUACUCUUGCUCUGGGCAAGGUGACACACUGGGAUGUCAUGAAUGAACACACACACGGUCUGUACUACGAGGAGAAGCUGCAGGACCAAAACUUUACCAAAAACCUCUUCCGGCAGAUGAGAAAGUGCGACAGUUCCGCGAAGCUGUACUUCAAUGACUACCAGGCUGUGGACAUCGGAGGUUCUACACAGGAGUACUACCAUUUGAUGAAGGAGUACCUGGCACAGAAAGUUCCUGUCGACGGCUUGGGAGUGCAGGGCCACGUUCAGACAGACACCACCCCUGAUCCCACGAUGAUCUGGAGAAAACUUGACCGUCUGGGGAUGCUAGGGCUCGACAUUUCAUGAGCGAGUUUGACGUCGAGUCGCCGGACCACGUGCAGCGCGCUGAUUGGAUAGAAGACGCCAUGCGAGCACUGUUCAGUCAUCCUGCCAUGAAGGGCAUCGUCUACUGGAGUUUCUGGGACCUGGACACGGGAAAUGUUAACAGGGAGCUCAUUCAGGGAACCGACGUGAAAAUCAUUGAACCUGGACAGCGGUUCUUUUGUCUACUGAAAAAAGAAUGGACAACGACUGUCACUAAAAAUCUUGGCGAUGGUUUGAACUUUGCCCUGCGUGGUUUCCACGGUGAUUAUGAGGUGAUAGUACGACGAUCGGGGGUGCCUAUACAAGUGGAGCGCUUUAGUCUGGGACCGAGCGACCUGGCAGUCAACAUUCAGGUCCCCGACAUAACAACGGCAGUAAAUGUGCCGGAAGACAAGGACUACGUACCCAGGUGUGUCAGCCAUCGCGGCCAGAGGUCUCUGGGGCUGCAGUCCACGUCAUCAACAAACACGCAGCUCACCUGCGUCAACGUCGAGUCCACUCCCUCUGGUGGCAACGAAGAUGACGUGGCAUCGGUCACCUGCGGAACGGACAGCGUCAUGACAGGCUGCACGAGCUACAAGAACGGUAUGGUCGGGACGAGAAAAGGAGAGCAGAUUGUCUUUGAGAAGGGGUUGGCCGUGUGCAGAGCGCUCAACGGUCGAAACUCGCCAGAAGGUGUAACGGCAAAUGCCCAAUGCUGCAUGGAGUGUCCGGUCUGACCUGCGACUAUCGAGUGGCAGGACCUUCCUUGUCCUUUGAUGGUGCCCAGGCCGAGGCAAAGUGCGAUGUGAAGACCCUGCCUUUAGGCGAG